UCCGGUAUCGUGACGUCACAGUCCUACACAACAUGGCGGCCUCCUUCGCCUUCCAGUCCACCAUGCUCUACAGGGUCCUGCGUGGAGCUUUCACGCUGCACUGUUGGACACCAGGACCUCCUUCCGCCGUUGUCGGGCUCAGGUUUGUCUGUAACUCUGCUCCUGAAGAAAAAAAGAUGGUGAUAUUGGAGUCUACGGAAGAAUACAAGUUCGUAGAGCGGCUCAUCCCUCCAACGCGAGUCCCCGCUCCGCCUAAACACGUCGGUCCCACUCCGUCUGGCUGGACGCCUCCGGCAGAUUCACCGCCACCUCUACCGUACAUGAUCCGCCGCUCCCGAAUGCACAACAUUCCGGUUUACACCGACCUGACCCACGGUAGCCGCAGGACGACGCUGGUACGAAAAGUGGAGGGGGACAUUUGGGCUUUGGAAAAGGAUGUGAAGCAGUAUCUGAAGGAGGUGUCGGGGAAAGAGCUGCCCACACAGGUCAACGAGGUCACCAUGACCCUGAAGGUCAAAGGCCACUUCGAUAAGGAGCUGAAGGAAUGGUUCGCCAGCAAGGGCUUCUGACGGUGCUGACCUUCCGCCACUGUCACAGCACCUUGCUCUGGGGCUGAGCUACCCAUGUGGACAUAGAUGGGACUACUGGCACUUGUUGGCCUCUGCAGACUUGUCACCCAGUCGAAACAUUGCCCUACAGUUCUUUAAAAAUCUGUUUCAAUCCAUAUGGAAGCAGCUGUUUUUUUUCUGCAAUCACAACUUCACUGAACUCUUUUCCACACCAAAGAUGCUGAAGUUAUUGGAUCAUACAGUUAAAAGUGUUUGUCAUGAAUAUAAUAAAUAUAAAGGCAUAGCCCACGGUCUGUUCUUACUGCAGUUAACGCAACAGGUUCCUAAACUUUAGCAGCAUUUGAUUGUUAGAGCUUUUCUCUCCAUCUCAGAUGGUUUAGCUUUUCUCCAAAUUCUGUGUGAUGUAUUUAAAUCACUUGUUUUAUCUGUCCAUAAAAGGUUAAAGCAUGAACCAGCACACAUUUAGCUAAUUUCUGGAUAAAAAUUUAAAUUGUUAAUAUCUGAC